AUGUUUAAGGGAUUAAGGACGAAAAAGGAGAGGUUCGACUUUAGGUUCCGGUUCCACGCGACGCGGGUACCGGCGUCUGGUUUCGACAAUCUCGUGGUGUUCGUCGUUCCCAGCGAUGCCGGCAAGCCCGAGGGCCAAACCCCCAAGGCAACGGUCAAGAAUGGCUCGUGCGCGUGGAGCGGGUCGGUCACCAUCACCACGAAGCUCACGCGCCACGCCAAGGCCAAGGCGUACGAGCCCAGGCCGUACCGCUUCGUCGUGUCUUCCAACUCGUUGCGAUCGGGCGUGCUAGGUGAGGCGACGCUGAACCUAGCGGAAUUCGCGGGAUUCGGAGGGCUGGACCAGCGAACGCUUCCGUUGAAGAACUGCAGCGCUGGAACCAUCCUUCAUGCGAUACGCUGCGUUCGCUCCAGUCAUCGCUACUCCUUGGUCGCUUCACCCCCCUCCCGCCAUGCGCGUGCGCAGAAGCAGCAUGCUCAGACCGCGAAGCAGAAGGGCGAGGGGGUGAAACAGCCGCAGAAGCAGGAGAAGCAGGAGGUGCAGAGGCAAGAGGCGCAGAGGCAGGAGGCGCAGAGGCAGGAGGCGCAAGAAGACGCUCAGCCCGUUGUUCGCCCCUCCUCAGACGUCCCUCCUGCGCCCUCCCAGGACGAGGACUCGUCGUCAGAAGAGUCCUCUUCGUGCGACACCACACCGCGCACCACCGCCAGCACCACCAGCGCCACGCCCAGCUCCGCCGCACCCUCCGCCGCACCCUCCGCCGCACCCUCCGCCGCCGCUGCCCCUGCUGACUUGGAGUGGCUUCGGCAGCAGGAGCUGCAGAAACAGCAAGAGGAGAUGCGGAAGCAGCAAGAGGAGAUGCGGAAGCAGCAAGAGGAGAUGGAGAGACAGGAGCAAGAGAAGCAGAAGCAGCAGCAGUUGGCAGUGAGACAGCGAGAGGAGGAGGAAGAGAGGGGGAGAGAGGCGGGUGAGGAGUGGGAUGGGCAGCAGAGCGAGGAGGAGGAGUUGCGGCGGCAGGAGGAGGAAUUGGAGGAGGAAGCGAGGCGGGUGAGGAUGGAGCGGGAGAAGCAGCGGCAGCGGAAGGAGGAGAUGCGGCGGCAGCAGCAGCAGCAAGGGGGCGGCGGGUCAGUAGAGGUCACACCCGCGCAGAGCCCCGCGCUGCAAGGCAGGGCGGGUGGCUGGGAUACGUGGGGGAGUGGCGCAGGGGACGGGCGCGGGGAGGGCAGGGCGGGCGGGGGAGAGAGGGAGCCAGCGCGGUCGCCAGGGCUUCCCCCGCCUGCGGGGGCCGCGCCUGUGGGGGCGGUGUCCCCGGGGAAGCUGCUGGGCGGGUGGAGCAAGCGCGCCAGCAGCAAAGACUCGCAGGAACAGGGCGCGGGGGCGGCUGAUGCAUCCGCCGCUGGGGGAGCGGGCGCGGGGAGUGGCGCGCAUCGCCUUCCCCCGGCAGCAGCGCCUGCGGUGCUCCCCCCCGUUCCCGGCGCAGCUGCCGCCUCCCCCAGGGGUGCGCGGACCCCCUCGCCAGCUGGCACGCCCACUCACCGGCCAGCGAGGCAGUACGAUGACGUGGCAGGGGCGGAGGGCGGCGGGAUGGGGAUGGGCGGGGGCGGGGAGAGCUCCCCGUACAGGUAUGGUUCCCCCAAUGCGCGGAUGGGCGGAGCGGGGAGAGACAGCCCUGGCAAUUACCGCAGCCCCGACCCUUCCCCAGGGAUGGGGCCCGGGUUUCCGUUUGGGGAGAGCGGGGGGGGAAUAGGGGAGGAGCGCAGCAGCUAUGGCGGCGGCAGCAGCACCGGCGGUUACCCCUUCCAACCAGGAGCCGCCCCUGAGUCGCUUGCACUGCCCGACGCUGCCAGUCCGGACGAGUCUCCGCGCUCUGGGGGGUAUUCCGGCAGCAGAGGCGCGCGGAGGGGGUACUUCGGCGCAGCGGAUGCUGGCGAGCGGGGCGGAGCGGGCGGGGGGCAGGGCGCGGAGAUGCACGUGCGCGGGGGCGCGUCGGCGGAGCUGGCGGCGGCGGAGGCGGCGAUAGAGGAGCUGCAGCGCGACUGCGUCAAGUACCAGACCACCGCGCGCAACCUCUCCCGCGAGGUCGAGAGCCUGCGCGGGCAGCUGGCGGAGGCGUUCGUGCAGGACCAGCGCGCGGACAUGGCGAUCGGGCAGCUGAAAGACGAGCGCGAUCGGCUCCAGGAGGAGGUUAAUAUGCUGCGCGCGGGGCUGGGCGGGCGCGGGGGGGGCGGGGGGACGUUGUCCGGGGGUGCGAGGGAGGAGGAGGGGAUGGAUACGAACUCGUAUGUGGCGGACGGGACGGAGAGCGAGUGGAGCGUGGGGGGAGGCGGGGGCGGGGGCGCGGAGGGGAUGAGGCGCGUGGCGGGGCUGCUGGAGGAGGCGGAGUUCCUGCGCGGGACGGUGGGCGCGCUGUCCGCGCAGGUGGAGAUGCUGCAGCGGGAGAACGAGGCGCUGAUUGCGCAGGCGGAGCAGGCGGAGGCGGAGGCGGGGAAGUACCGGCGGGACGCGGAGGAGCUGUUUGAGGCGCGCCAGGAGACGGAGGCGGCGCUCAAGCGCGCGCAGAAGCAGGCGGACGAGCGCGAGGCGGAGUGGCAGGAGCGCGUGCGGGGCAUGGCGGAGGCGCAGGCGGCGCUGGAGGAGCAGCUGGCGGAGCUGCAGGGCGCGGGGGGAUGGGGCGGGGGAGGGUCCGCGCGGCCAAGCCCCCUGGGACCGAGGGGGAAGGGAGAAGGGCAGGAAGGGGUGGAGGACGGUCUAAUGCUCUCAGAAACGGUGGGGAUGAGCGGAAGCAGCAGGAAGAGCCGGGGAGGAUCAUUCGCGGAGGGCGAGGCGGGCGGAGAGGGCGAGCGCGGGGGAGCGGGAGCGGGAGCAGGGGAGGUGAGCGUGGUGGCGCAGCUGAGGCGGAAGGUGGAGGAGCUGGAGCGGGAGGCGCAGGAGUUGACCGCGGAGAGCCUGGAGCUAGCAGCGGGGCUUAACGUGGCGAAUAAGGAGGGCGAAGUGAAGGACGCUCUGAUAGAACAGCUGCAGCACGAGUUGAUCGCCGCGGGGAAGAAGGAUUCCAUUGCCUCGGCUGCUGCUGCGUCCGGGUUUGCCGCGUUUUUUAGUAAAGGGAAGCCGGAGGAGAAGAAGAGCGUGGAGAGUUUGAUUAACUCGGGGCCGGCUGCAAAUGAGAGGGACGUUGGGAAGCUGCAUGGAAGGAUCGUGGAGCUGCUGCAGGCGCUGAAGGAGCAGAGUAGAGAGGCAGAGGAGGCGCGGGAGGAGGCGGUGCAGCUAAGGAGCAAGAUGCGCGUUAGUGAGAUGGCCACUGCGAGAGCCAUGGAUAGGCUGAGUAUUCUGGAGGAGUAUGAGCGGAGGGCGAAGCAGAUGGAGGGGGAGUUGGAGGAGACAAGGAAGACGCUCGCGGCGCAGAGAAGGCUGAGGGAGGAGCAGGAGAGGCGGCAUGUGGGGGAGGUGGAGCAGCUGAGGGAGGGGAAGAGGGACGCGGAGAACCGCGUGACGAGGUACGGGGAGGAGGUUCGGCGGCUGGAGCGGCAGGGGGAGGCGGCGGUGAAGCAGGUGGAGCAGGUGGGGGAGACGCUUCGGGAGUUUUUCACUGCGUGGGGUGGGGAGAAGGGGACGGGAGACGAAGGGGAGACGCUGGGGGAGCAGGCGGAGGGGAAGGACGUGGCGGGGAAGGUGGGGGUGGUGGUGGGGGCGGCGGCACAGUGGCAGAAGCGCGUGGGGGAGCUGGAGCGGGAGAGAGAGGCGCUAGAGGAGCAGGUGAGGGAGAGUGAAGCCCGUGUGCACGAGGUAGAGUCCACGUCCGGGGCAUGGCGGUCGGAUAGAGGCGCACUGGAGAAGCAGGUGAGGAGGUUAGAUGAGCAGAGGCGACUGGCGGAGUCGAGGGUUCAGGAGCUGGAGUUGCAGCUGUCGGCCAUGCAGGAGAUGUUAGAGGAGGCCAAGGCGGAGGCGGGGGCGGCUGCUGCUGGGGGGGGGUUGGGUGGAGUGACGCUUGCUGACGUGGAGGCGCUGCAGGCGGCGAAUCAGAAGGCGAGGAGGCGGAUUCAUGAGCUGGAGGGGCAGGUGAGGGGGCUGGAGGGGCAAGUGAGGGCAUUAGAGGAGCAGGUGAGGGGGAAGGAGGCGGAAUUAGAGGUCGCGCUGGCGGCGGUUGCUGCUGCCGCGGAUUCAGCUGCAGCGGCGGCAGCGGCGGAAGCAGUGGGGAGGGCAGCGGCGGGCGGGGGAGCAGGAGCGGGGGCAGCGGGGGCUGGCGCGGGGAGGGCGGAGAGGGAGUUGGAGGACGCGCGGAGGCGGGUGGAGGGGUUGGAGGAGGAGAUUAAACGCAUGUCUGGUGAGCUGGCACUGGCAGGUGUGAGCCGGCGAGAGCUGGAGAUGAAGGUGCUGCGGCUGGAAGGGGCGUGUGGGAAGCUGGAGAGUGAGUUGCAGGAGGCGAAUGUGGGGCGGCGGCGCGCGGAGGAGAGGCAGGCGGACGCGGAGGCGCAGCUGGCAGUGGCGGUUGACAGGGCGGAGACGCAGAGGGGGCUGGUGGGGGAGCUAGAGGAGAAGGUGAGUAAGGGCGCUGCGAGGGAGGAGGCGUUGGAGCAGUAUGUGGCUGUGGUUGAGGGGAAGGUGAAGGAGGGGGAGCGGGAGAGGGAGCGGUUGGAGGGGAAGGUGAGGGAGGAGCAGGAGAAGAGGAGGGAGGUGGAGAGGAGGGUUGGGGAGAGUGAGGCGGCUGUGGGGAGGGCGAGGGAGGAGGCGGAGAAGGAGGUGGGGGAGGCGAGACGGAUGGUAGAGGAGAUGGAGGCGAGAUUGGAGGUGGGGGAAGCGGAGAGGGUGAGUGCGGUGGCGAGGGCUGUGAGGGCAGAGGAGGGGCAGAGGCGGGAGAAGGCUGAGCGGGAGGCGGCGGUUGAGCGGUUGACCAAUGAGGUGGCGCUGCUGACUCAGCAGCUGUCGGCGUUAUCUGAGGGGGGGAGUGGAGGGGAGGGCGGCGACAGGCUGUCUGCGGUUGAGGCCGCGGAGCUGCGAGCGGCGAAGGGCGAGCUAGAGGACAAGCUGCGCCGUGCGGAAGGGGAUUUGCGGGAGGCGGUGAGGGAAAAGGUGAAGCUGGAAGGGGAAGUGCAGGCGGCGAAAGAAUCAGCGGCAGAAUUGAAGGUCAGGGAGGGGUCUCUUUUGGGAGAGGUGGAGGAGCUGAAGAAACAAGUGGCGGCGGCAGCAGAGGCAGCGGCUGAGUUGGUCCGAGUGAAGGAGCAGCACGAGCAGGUAACAGCACAGCUAGCCAAGGCGGAAGCUUCUGUGAAGGAGCUGCAGGUGGCGCGGGAGGAGCUGGAGCAGGAGCGCAAGGGGCUGGUGCAGCAGAGCGUGGUGCUGCAGGGCAAGGUGAAGGAGCUGGAGCGAGUCAAGGGCGAGUUGGCUCAGGCCAGGACUGAGCGACAGGUGCUGGAGGAGAGGAGGUUGGCUCUGGCGAUGAAGCUGGCGAGGGUAGAGGAGAGUAUGGAGGAGCUGGAGGAUUUGCGGGCUAGGAGCGCGUCUGUGGAGGGGGAGAUGGGGCACCUGGCGAAGCAGGCUGAGCAGGUUCCGGGGUUGCUGGAGGAACGGGAGAAGCUGCAGGGGCGGGUGAGGGAGCUGGAGGCUCGGGCCGCGGAGCUGGAGGCUCGGGUGGGUAAGAUGGAGGCUGCUGCUGCUGCGGCUGUGGUGGUGGCGGCGGUAGUGGGUGGGGGUGAGAGUGAGGGGGAUGGUGAUGCAGGUGCUGCAGCGGCGGCGGCGACGGCAGCUGCGGCAGAAGCGGCAGUUGCGGCGGAGGCAGCGGCGGCGGCAGCGGCGGCGAAAGCAGAGGCGCUAGUGGAGGAGGUGCGGCAGCUGAAGCAGCAGAACUCCGAGCUCAAGCGCGCACUCACUGAGGGUAGCAGCAGCGGUGCUGGUGGUGCUGGUGGUGGGAUGGAGCCUUCCCCCCAGGGGAAGGGCAGCAGGUCUUUGGGCGCAGGGGCGGGGGGCAUGGGGGGGAUGGGCGGCGGGGGAGCAGGGGGUGGCGCGUUCGCCCGCGGGCGGAUGGGGGGGAUCAUGGCGUCGCGGGGGGGAGGGGGGGAGGCGGCGUUGGAGAGGCAGGUGGAGGAGCUGAGGAGGCGCACUGUGGCUUUGGAGGGCGAGGUGGGGCGCAAGGCAGAGGCGCUCGCUGCUGCUGAGAGAAGGCUGCUGGAGCUGGAGGGGAGUGGGGGGAGUGGGGGUGCAGGGGCGCGGGUGGGGGACAUGGAUGCCGCAGCAGAGGAGCGCAUCAAGACUCUGGAGGCGCAGGUGGAGGUGUUACAGCAGCAGGUGGAGCAGCAGAGGGCGGUGGCGGAGGCGAGGGAGGGCAGCAUGGGGGAGUACGUGGCUCUGCUCACCGCCACCAACGAUUCUCUCGCUGCCGGCACCGACGCUGCCACCAUGCAGCUCAACCAAGCGCUGCUGAAGGCGCAGCAGCAGGUGGGCGAGGUGAGGGAGAGGGAGGCGGAGCUGAGGGCAGCAGCGGCGGUGCACGAUGCCACCAUCCUGGAGCUCAAGGAGGAGGUGGGGCGGCUGCAGAAGAAGCUGUCGCAGCGCAUGCGGGGGGGAGGCAGCGUGGCGGGGGGGAGUGGCAUGGUGGAGCGCAUGGCUCUGCUGGAGGCAGAGCUGGCCGAGGCCAUGGAGAGCAACCACAAGUACAAGGAGCAGCUCAAGCGGGCCUUGGGUGGGACGGGGAAUGGAGUCGACACUCAACCAGCUGAAGCUCCUGCUACUGCACCAAUCCCAGCCAGCCCUACCAAGCCUGCCGCACCUGCUGCCCUGGGGAAUGAUGCAGAAAGGUCGCCUCAGAUGAAGGGCAGAGCAGUCAGCAGCAGCCCCAUGAGUGGUGCUGGCAGUCCCAUGAUGGCAGGAGUGGCGCGCCGAGCCGUCGACACCGUGACGGAGAUUCGAUACGGUGACUUAGACGCGCUACCCGCAGACGUGUGGCUGCACAUCGCAAAUGAGGUCGUGGAGAGAGACGACUGCAGCUGCUCGUGGCCGCUCGUGUCGUGCGCCAUCGCCAUGCCGUGCACGCGACGCGCACUAUCGGGGGACGUGCCUCUCGUGUUCUACGAAAAGUGCGAGUGCGUCCCCUCUGCCGUCUCCCUCGCUCAACAAAUCCGCAGCUUCGCAUGGCUGACGAAGCAGCUCCAAAGCCCUUCGGACUUCAUCUUCUCAAUCCAUGAAUCGCCUCCCCGCCUCCUUUCCUCCCUCAUGCGCUCCUGCCUCUUCCCCUCCCUCUCCUCCAUCACUUCCCUCGAUCUCUACUUUUCCCAGAGCCUCCCCUCCCAUCCGCGCCUUCUCUUCUCCCUCUCGCAAGCGCCGCGCCUCAAGUUGCUUUCUAUUACGCAUGACGUUGCGUCGGACAGCGAGAAUGACAUGCCUCGGCCCCUCGGCAAUGAUCCCGUGAUGGUGGCGGAAAUGUGGGAAAUAGUUUCAAUCAUGGAAGAGAAAAAGGCGAGUGACAAGGACAGGUCGUUUCCCGUGCUGCGCCACUUCAAACUCGACCUCCCCGCCUGCUCGCCUCUCGUUCUGCGCUUCGUCUCCUGCAUCUCUUUACAGCUGGACUAUCUCUCUCUCGGCGGUAAAAAUCAGUUCGCGGCUCACGAGGGCGAAGAGGAGGCUGAGAGGGGUGAGAACGCGGAAGGGCCAAGGGGGCGUGAGAGGGAUGUUGACGGGCGAGGCUCCUUAACUCUUCACCUCCCGCAAGCCACGAAUGCUCGAUUCCACGGGAUCAGCUGCUCCAUUUCCCUCUCCGCCCCGCGUCUUUCCGACCUCUGCGUGCUCUGGAAGUCUCCCCAUUUCCGCCUGCUCCUGCUCCCCACAUGCCCCGCGCACCUGCCGUCUCUCUUCCUUAGCUCGGACGGACCCUGCGAGUGGCCAUUGCAAGCACCUCACCUCACGUCGUUGGAAUCCCUCUGCACCAACAUGCAGCCUGAGCGGGCUGCUUGUUUCCCUCCCGGUGUUAUUGCGACAGUCAAGGCGCUUGAGUGGAGAUACGUCAAGGUUUCGCGGCCGGUGGACUUGCGUGCUUGGCACGGCCUGCGUUGCUUCCAUGCCAUGGGAUGGGACCCUGUGUCUCUGUGGUUGCUUCGCUUUGGCGUGCACUGGCCUUGUGGCGUGGAGGGACUGUUCUUCGAUCACAUUGGGAGCGACGUUGUGGAAGUUCUCAGCAGUGAGCUGAGAGAAGGUUUGAGGCAUGGAAGGGAGAGCAUGUCGAGCAGCCGAGAUGACAUAGGCCUCGGGACAGUGGAAGGUGGGCCUGAGGAGGACGGAAGCAGGGAUCUGGUUCAGGCUAAUGUGUCGCAGCGAACCCUCGAUAGCCAGCCCGAGGCGGAGAUUCGAUACGGUGACCUCAACGCGCUACCCAUGGACGUGUGGCGAUGCAUCGCAAACGCGGUCGCGAACUCAAACAGAGGAAAGUGCUUCUGCUCGUGGCCGCUCGUGUCGUGCGCCAUCGCCAUGCCGUGCAUUCGCCGCGCUCUAUCAGGCGACGUGGCUCUCAUGUUCUACGAGAAGUGCCCGUGCUCAACUCCCCCCAUCUCCCUCGCGCAACGAAUCCGCAGCUUCGCAUGGCUGACAAAACAGCACCCGCGUCUCUCCGAGCUUUACGUCUCCCUCGAUACUUCACCCCCCCGGCUCUUCUGCUCCCUUUUACACUCCUGCGUCUUCCCUUACCUCUCUUCCCUCACCUCUCUCACUAUCGACUUCUCCCGACGCCUCCCCUCCCCUCCACGCCUUCUCUUCUCCCUCUCUCAAGCGCCGCGCCUUAAGUUGCUUUCUCUUACUCAUGGCACCGUGCGGACAGACAGCAAGCAUGAGUUGGCGCGGCACGGUUGCAAUGAUGCAGUGCUGGUGGCCGAAAUGUGGGAAAUCAUUACAAUCAUGGAAAGGAAGCCGGAGAGCAAGGAGAAGCUAUUUCCGGUGCUGUCUCGCCUCGAUCUCUCUCUCCCCGCCUGCUCGCCUCUCGUCCUCCGCUUCGUCUCCUGCCUCUCUGCCCAGCUUCAAACACUCUACCUCGUCGCUUCUGCGGAACAAUUUGCAGCCCAGGAGGGGAAUGAAGGCGCCGAAAGUGGUACGGAGAACGCGGACGGGUGGAGGGGGCGUGAGAGGGGCAUUGACGGAAGAAAAUCCUUUUCUCUUCACCUCCCGCUGGCCACCAACGUCAGAUUCGACAGUAUUAACUGCUCCAUUUCGCUGUCCGCCCCUCGUCUCUCCGUCCUCAGCUUUAUUUGGCGCUCACGCCAUGCCCAUCUGCUCCUGCUCCCCACGUGCCCCGCGCACCUGACAUCUCUCUACCUUGACACCGACUGGACCUGCGAGUGGGCGUUUCACGCACCUCACCUAACCUCGCUUGAUUCCCUCUGCACCAACAUGGAGUCAGAGAAGGCGGCAUGCUUCCCUCCCAGUUUGAUAGCGACCGUCAAGGCCCUUGAGUGGAGGGAUGAAACAUCGCUGGACUUGAGUGCUUGGCAGGGCCUGCGUUGUUUCCACGCUGUAGGCUGGCCCCCUGUAACUCUUGCAGAUCUGGAUUGGGGUGUGAUCUGGCCUUGUGGCCUGGAGGAGUUGUUCUUCAACAGCAUUGGCCCCGAUGUUGUGGGACUGUUUGAGAAUCGGCUGGGAGGGGGCGAUGGCGGAGAAAGCCUGGAAAGGAGGAAGCAUGGAAGAGAUGAGAUGGUCUUGGUGACAGGAGGAGGUUUGACGUUGGGUAAGGAGGACACGCCUGUGGAAAAUGUAACUGAAGACCAGACAAACGGGAGAAGACUAUUGGCUCAACUGCUACCUGGAUGCAAGAGCCUGCAGCGGUUUGAGGGGUGGGACGACGAUGCAUGUGUACUGUAUAGGUUGGAUGCUGCUGAGGGGCUGAGUAGGGAAGUGGGUGGGAAUCCAGGGGAUGGAUGGACAAAGACUUUCCAUAACAAAAGAAAGUAUGCGAAAGCUAGAGGGAUAAUGGAUUAA